AUGCAUUUUGAAAUGAUUACCCUACAUCUGAUACCCGCAGAUUGGGACUGUGCUUUAGAAGAAAAGGCUAUUGCUGUGCUUCCCAGCCGUAAAGGGGAGAAGACUAUUCAAUGUCUUGGAAAAGCUGAGCUACCACCGGCAAGCCGUAAUAAUACAGUCCUUUUUGUCAAUGUUGGUCCCGAGACAUUUGUCAUCGGACAGGGAGAGAGAACCAGAGACUACGAAGAUUUUGAUAUAUCUGAGCCGAUAAACAGGUGGAUUAGGCCAAUGUUUGUAAAUUCCAUGAGCCGUGAAGCAAUAGGAGCAGAAGCAGUAACCUAUCAAGGAGAAAAAGUCAUAGAGGAAUAUGUUAAUCUUGUCCGUGCUGAUACUACUAAGAUAGGUUGUGCUUGGGUCAGAUGUUUUGGUGGUCGAGAUGCAGUGUACAGUGCAUAUUGCCUUACAAACAAAGCGUAA